AUGGAAAGUCAUAUUCAGGCUUGCCCGGCGCAGUCUCAGAUCUCGGUCCUGGAUGUCGGCAGCACUGGCUCACAGUUCAACGACCUCAUCUGGGUCGACCCUAAUCUGAAGAUGGAGCAGCCGCAGUUCGCCUACUCGCAUCCAUGCCAUGUCAAGAUCCCGCCGUGGACCGGGGCGAAUGGUACCUCAUGGCCGGCCGUUAUCUUCAUCGCGCCCGACGGAUGA